UGAUAUUUUGGAUUGUAUUGUGUUUACACCUUUCAUGUCCAUCACGACAACAUUACUUUUUCAAACUUUUAUUUUCUUACAAAUUAUAAUUAACAAAAAUCGAAGAAAUGCCGCACACCAUUUUGAAUAAAUCCGGGAAAAGCCAAGAAAAUGUGCUGCACGGAAAGUUAUGGCUCCAUAUUAUACAAGAUCUAAAGAAGUUUGGUAUAAUGGAGACGGCGUUAUCGUUUCAAAACAUGAGAUUGAUCACGAGGUGUACUGGGACAUGGACCGGGUAAUGAUAGGAGUACUCUACACAAUGGGACUAGUCCUUCUUUUAUGGUGCAUCACAUUCACUAUUCAAGGAAUUAUUUACUGGAGGGUUGGAAGGGUUUUAAGUGCAAAAGGGAAAGAUUUAUUGGAGGGUUUGACUGGAAAAACCAGCCUGAAACUAGAAAACCUGGACGAAUCUACAAAAAGUGGUUGUGAUGAUCAAAACUUAUAAAACCAUCCCUUAAGAUCGGGUUAACAUAGAUGAGACAUUAAAUGUUUUCAGGUUUAUUUAAACUCAAGCCUGUAGAAGUGCUUUACUCAAUUUGUACUCUAAUGUGAUAAUUUAAAUGAUGUUUUAUCAACACAUUAAAAUAUGACGACAUCCUAUUUAUUGUAACGAUUUCUUAUUUGUAUAGAAAUAAAAUUGGCACGAUGGC